UUGACUACCAGCACCCUAUUACAUUUCUUGGCGUCUCUCACCUAUGAUGUGAGAAGACCCCUCCGUAGAGUCACAUAGCUGACUCAAAAUUGCGGAGAAGGACUUGAAAGUGUCCAUGACUGUUCCGGCACUCAAGGGAAGGAACCUUUCAACCAGGACUAGCAAGGUGAAGAAGCUCAGGAAUGGAGGAAGAAAAGUAGGACUUCCGACAGUGCAAGGGAGUUUCCUGGUCCCCUACAUCAUCAUGUUCAUCGUGGAGGGGAUGCCACUCUUGUACCUGGAGCUGGCUGUGGGGCAGCGCAUGCGGCAGGGCAGCAUCGGUGCCUGGAGGACCAUCAGCCCCUACCUCAGUGGUGUCGGCAUUGCUAGCUUGGUGGUCUCCUUCUUGGUUUCUGUGUAUUACAAUGUCAUCAACACCUGGACUGUCUGGUACCUCUUCCACUCCUUCCAGGAUCCCCUGCCGUGGUCUGUCUGCCCACUGAAUGGUAACCGCACAGGCUAUGACGAGGAGUGUGAAAAGGCUUCGUCAACUCAGUACUUCUGGUACAGGAAGACACUCAACAUUUCGCCGUCCAUCCAGGAGAACGGAGGAGUGCAGUGGGAGCCAGCACUGUGCCUCACCCUGGCCUGGUUGAUGGUGUAUCUGUGCAUCCUGAGAGGCACCGAGUCAACUGGCAAGGUGGUCUAUUUCACUUCAUCAAUGCCUUACUUUGUGCUCAUCAUAUAUCUGAUUCAGGGCCUCACACUCCAUGGAGCCACCAAUGGCCUGAUGUACAUGUUCACGCCCAAGAUCGAACAGCUAAUCAACCCCAAGACCUGGAUCAAUGCAGCCACACAGAUCUUCUUCUCACUGGGCUUGGGGAGUGGCGGCCUGAUUGCUUUUGCCAGCUACAGUGAUCCCUCCACCAACUGCCAGAAGCAUGCCAUCAUUGUGUCCGUCGUCACUAGUACCACCGCCAUAUUUGCCAGUAUUGUCACCUUCUCCAUCUAUGGCUUCAAGGCCACCUUCAACUAUGAAAACUGCUUAAACAAGGUGAUUCUGCUGCUGACCAAUUCUUUUGACCUUGAAGAUGGCUUUCUGACAGCCAACAACCUGGAGGAGGUGAAGGACUACCUGGCAUCUACCUACCCAAGCAAGUACAGUGACGUGUUCCCGCACGUUAGAAACUGCAGCUUGGAAUCAGAGCUUAACACAGCUGUCCAGGGCACAGGCCUGGCCUUUAUCGUCUUCACUGAGGCUAUUAAAAACAUGGACGUGCCCCAGCUGUGGUCAGUGCUCUACUUCUUCAUGCUGCUGGUGCUGGGUAUGGGAAGCAUGCUUGGAAACACAGUGGCCAUCCUCACCCCUCUGACGGACAUCAAGGUCAUCUCCAGCUACCUGCCCAGGGAGGCCAUUUCAGGUCUGGUGUGCCUCAUCAACUGUGCCAUUGGUAUGGUGUUCACCAUGGAGUCCGGGAACUACUGGUUUGGCAUAUUCAAUGACUAUGCAGCCACCCUGUCCCUGCUGCUCAUUGUGCUGGUGGAGACCAUAGCUGUGUGCUACAUAUAUGGGCUGAAGAGAUUUGAAAGUGACCUUCAGGCCAUGACCGGCCGCUCCCUCAACUGGUACUGGAAGGCCAUGUGGGCAUUUGUGAGUCCACUACUCAUCAUUGGCCUCUUUAUCUUCUACCUGAGUGACUAUAUCAUCACAGGACCGCUACAGUACCAAGCCUGGGAUGCCACUCAGGGUCACGUGGUUACCAAGAACUACCCCACACAUGCACUCGCUGUCACUGGGCUUCUGGUAGCCUCCUCUACCAUAUGCAUCCCUCUGGUAGCCCUGGGGACUUUCGUCACACGCCACUUCAAGAGCAGAGCAAACUUUCCUAUGGCCUGAAGCGGACCUCUCACGGACUUACUAUGAGCACUAGCUGUUCUACAGCUCCUUC